AUGAGGCCGCCCAUGGCCUCCACUCUAGAGAGUCUUCCACUACUCCCCACCACCAUCGGCACCACUGCCCACCACCCAAAGAAUCACAACCACAACCCGUCAAUCCUUCUUCUGGAGAAGUGCAAUAGCAUUAAGGAACUGAGACAAAUUCACGCUCAAUUCACCCGAAACAAAGAGCAUUACCAAGCAAAGACGUUCGCUUGGCACACCAUUAUCAGAUGUUACGCUCGCUGGAACGAUCCUAGAGCCGCCGCCGCCGUCUACGUCGACAUGCUGAACAAUGGAUUGCGUCCCGACAACUACACCUUCCCUUUUGUUCUUAAGGCGUUUCAUCGAGAAUUGGCGUUGGAUUGCGGGAAGGAAUUUCAUGUGCAGAUCAUAAAAUAUGGGAAGGAUUCGUUCUCUUUCGUGCAGAAUGCUCUAAUUCAUAUGUACUCUGGGUGCGGUAGCUUGGACGAUGCACGCCUUCUGCUUGAUAAAAGUCCUGAACGGGAUGCCAUUGCUUGGAAUCCGAUGAUUGCUGGGUACAUCAAAGGCAAGAAGUACGAGGAAGCGCUUUCGCUCUUCAGUUUCAUGAAUCAGAGAUUUUACUGA